CGUCCCGUGAGCCACCGGGGUUUGGCCGGGUAGCGUUCUUUGCGUCGCGGUGGCCAAUAGGAGCGGAGGACGCUGUGGAACACUGGCAAGGAUAAUCAGAAUGCAGACUCCAGUAGCUCUCUUGGCUUCGCCAGCUUUGUUUCGCUGCUGUUCCCGAGCUCUGACCAGGCCAGCUUCCCUGUCUAUAUUCAGCAGGCCAGAACCUCAGUCUGUGCAGCUCUUCGGCAUUUCAAAUCGUCAGCUGGCUUACCGGGAAUUCCAAACUAGUGCCGUCUCCCAUGACAUUGAUACGGCUGCUAAAUUCAUUGGUGCUGGGGCAGCUACAGUGGGGGUAGCCGGCUCAGGAGCUGGCAUUGGGACAGUGUUUGGCAGUUUAAUCAUCGGUUUUGCCAGGAACCCAUCCCUUAAGCAGCAGCUGUUUUCUUAUGCUAUCCUGGGUUUUGCCCUUUCGGAGGCCAUGGGGCUGUUCUGUUUGAUGGUGGCAUUCCUCAUUUUGUUCGCCAUGUGAAAGCCUUGGAACCAUGCUGCAGCUGCUGUCUCUGUCCUCUCUGGUUUGAGCCUGCCUCCCUUGCCCAGGGUGUUCACACAUUUAAACAAACUUUCUCUAAAUAAAUAAGAUUCAAGUUU